AUGCACCCUGGAUGGGGUGGACGACCAGGAUAUGACCCACGACUCUCCGGCUUCAUGGUCCCACCGAUUCCGCCCGUGCCGGGCAUUCCUGUGGCUCCACCAUCCAUUGCAGCGCCCAUCCCGGUCAUGCUCCCGAGCCCCCCCGGAGUGCCCCUCGCGGCCACGCCCACUGUGGUGCCACCGAGCUUCACAGCGACCGGCCGCCCAACAGCUUCACCCCACAUGUCCACAGCCACACCGAACAUGUCCACACCAGCGGCGUCCGCAAGUGCCAAAGAUCGCACGGAGUCGCGGCCGGAGCCGUCCACCUUUGAGACGCUCCAUGAGGCUCAAAGACGUGCUGAGGAGGCGCGAAGCAACAUGGAGGAGGAGCAAAGGAAGGCACGGCAAGACGGAGCUUCCGGUGGUCCUGGUCCAGGCGAUGAACGCCCGCCUCCCACGGAGGAGGAUCUCCAGCAGCUGCAGGUGUGGCUGGCGAAAUUCCCCCUCGACACCAAGGCGCUCCAGGCCUUGGAAGCCCUGGAUCCACGCGACGCGGUCAAAGCGCUGCAGGAGCUGGAGCAAAAGGGCCCCGGGAUCCGAAAUCCUUCCGCCUGGAUCUGCAAGACCGCGCAGAACCUUCGAGAGAGGUAUGGUGGCAAAGCUCCACCAGAGGAGAAGCCGAACGAGAAGAAAGAGCUGGACAUUGUGGAUCACUAUGGUGCGUUAGAAGUUGCAGAAGAUGCGGAUGAGAAAGAAAUCAAGAAGGCCUACAGGAAGUUGGUGCUCAAGUGGCAUCCGGAUAAGCAUCCGGAAGGCCGUGAAGAAGCCGAAGAAAAGAUUCGUGCUAUCAACAACGCCUAUGAGACCUUGAGCAAUGCCACGAAGCGUGCCACCUAUGACGCUCAACGUCAGGCCUUGCUUCGGCAGCAGCGGGGCCACGGACCCGACCUGCAGGGCGCGCCACGUCAGAGAAUCCCACGAGAGUUCAUGCUCCAACCCAUUGGGUAUCCCGACAAGUUUGUGCGCUACGCCUCUGAACGGGCGAUGUCCCAAUGCGAGGUGACCAGCCGGGCGGACGCUCGCCUCGAUGGGAAGAGUGGUUUGGAUCAGUUCGUGCCCUUCUUCCGGGCUGCGAAGCUCUCGCUCUGGUGGUUGCCCGACGUCAACAACAUGUGCCGCAUCCGGGCGCUGGAAGCUCGCACGCGGUCGAGCGCCGGCGAGAAGGUGGUGGCCGGACGGCCUGGAGGUUUCAACCUGGGCUUCGAGAUCGAAGUCCACCCCGCUCAGAGUGCAUUUUUGCACGUGACUGUCGGUCUGUGGUCCGUUCGUCGGUUUGGUUUAUCAUCUGUGAGCUUGGUGAGGUUUGUGGCAGUCUCCUUUAGGAGACAGGUCCGACAGGUCAGUUUUUGA